ACUGAUAGCGAACAGCAUGGAUCCUGAUCAGACUGCGGGGAUGCGCAGGCUGGUCUGGAUCCAUGCUGGUUGCAAACCCACUAUGUUGGUUUUGUCGUGACGCGGCUCAUAUCAUAUAUACUCUAUUAGAUGCUCCUUUAGGGUGGGGUUAUAUUAUUAAAGGUAGGUGUUUAAGUACAAAAUGGUGAAUAUCUUUCAAAAUAUUUAGCGAAAAAAUCUGUUUAUCCCAGUCAGUAUGUGAUUACAACAGUCUAGGACACUGGCAUAGUGUGAUGAUAAAAUUCAUUAUGAUUGGUGCAAUGAAAUUGCCUAUAAUAAGUUUACAUAUUUUCUGUUUUAUGUUCUCUUAGGUUGGAUUAUGUAUACUGGAAGUACCAGUUGUGUUUAUUCUGUUUUUUUCCUGGGAUUUACGAAAAAUACAAUGGUUUUGGUUAGUCAAUUUCCUUCUAAAUUUUGUCAAAAAGGGAGGGGGUUGUUUGUUAGGGGUUGGGUGUUAUUAAUAGAAUAUAUAGAGUUUUUCAUAGACAUGGCAUCUCUAUUUCAAAUUGGGUGAUUCAGUUGGUGAUUUCAGGAAAUAUAUAUUUUAUCAUGCUAUUGACAUUAAGAAAUCAAAAUCAUCUCUUAUUUGAAUAGUUUAGAUUUUCCCUUAUCUUUUCAGACAAAUAAUAAGGCAACUAUCUCAGUUGAAAAGAACAGUUGCUGUUACUGCUACCACAGGUAUGGCUGCAUUGGAGCUAGGUAUGAACACAUCCACUCUGCAUCAUUGGAGUGGCAUUCUGGAUGGCCGAUAUUCUGUAGAAAAAUUAGAGGAGCUUUAUCAGAAUGAUGACAAAUUCUCUGCUGCUAAGCAGAGAAUAUUAGAAGCUGACUGCCUUAUCAUUGACGAGAUAAGCAUGUUGACACAAAAAAUAUUUGAACUGGUUGAAUGUGUUUGUCGCAGUGUCAGAAAGAAAGAUCAAUGCUUUGGAGGUUUGCAGGUCAUUGGCUGUGGUGAUUUCAAGCAGUUACCACCUGUUCCAGACAAGUUCUUAAAUGAUGAAGGGAAACAUUGUUUUGAAAGUUCAAUGUUUCAAAGUACAUUUCCACACCAUGUAAACUUAACAAAGGUUAUAAGACAGACUGACCAGGAUUUGGCCUUGGCAGUGAAAGAACUUUGUGAUGGGUCACCGUCAGAACAAACAAUACAGCUACUGAAAAGUUUAGACAAAGACCUAGACAGACCAGAUGUUGUUAGACUCUAUGGUACAAAUUUUGAUGUACGCUAUGUCAAUGAGGAGAUGCUGGACAUGAUUGAUAAAGAGGCUUAUGUUUUCAAGGCAACUGAUGAAGGAUCCAAACAGCUUCUACUUAAGAUGUCUGUUCCCAAAACUCUUCUGCUUAAAGAAGGAGCACCAGUUGUUCUUGUUAAGAAUAUAAGUAAUCAGCUAUUAAAUGGACAAAGAGGUGUUGUUCAUCAACUUUCAAGAGAUUCCCCACCAGUAAUUAAUUUCAAUGGUAACUUACAUCAGGUGCAUCCAGAAAGAUUUGAGGUUUUUGAUUGUACACAAAAUAAGACUUUGGCAUCCAGAUUACAAAUACCUCUCAUGUUAUGUUUUGCUAUGACUGUUCAUCGUGCCCAGGGACAAACUAUAGAAAACCUAUAUGUUGACUGUUCUUCCUUUUUUGCACCUGGUCAAAUGGGUGUAGCGAUUGGGCGAGCAACAGCUAAAAAUACACUGUGCAUAAAGAACUUUUCUUUGGAAGCGGCAACAUUAAAGCAUCCAGAUUCAGUUUAUGAAUUUUAUACACAGCCAUUUAGAGCAGUGGAAGAAGAUUUGUCUUGUUGUUCUAAAAACAUACCAACCACUAUUUCUACAGUGUCUUCAGGUACAAUUGUUUCAUCAAGUGAUGACUCAAGUGAUGAUGAUUUUAGUAUGGAAGUGAUGCAAGGUAGUCCUUGUCCAUAUGAUAUCAAGGAUUUUUUAGAUGUCAAUCAUUCAGCCCAAUUUGUAUCUAUUAUUUCAGAAGAUUUCAUUUCUUCUGAUGUAUUUAAGAAGCAUCUUGAAUUUAUAUAUCAUCAUGUUCAAUUAUUUGCUGGUAAUUCUGAAACAAAAACAGUUUGGAUGGAAUCUUUCAAAAAUCUUAAUAUGUUCUUGGUAGGAAAUGAUCAUUUGCAAUCAAUUAAAACUCUAUUCAGGACUUCAGAAAUUUCAAAACUUCAAAACAAAUUUUCGUCUAAGUUAGCUUUUUGGAUUAUGGAUAAAAUUAUAGAGGAUAAAACCAAACAUUUAAUAUCAGAGCAGUCUUCAUCAGCAUCCUCCUCUACUGUUUCCGAGACAUCAGAUGUCGGAUCGGCUAAGUUAAGAUACAUAGCAGGAGCAUGUGUUAGAAAAAUCAGGAAAAGGGUUAGAGAAACUGUUGAUAGGACUAUAGGAAAAACUGAUAACAAAAGUAAAUUAACUCGACAGUUGAACUACAAAAAGGACAAAAUGUUAAAAAUGCUUGCAGUUUCUGAAAGCAAUGUUGAUAGUAAUGAUGUGUCAUUAUCUGAAAUACAAGUGAAACAGAACAAGUCUCAUGGUUUAACAAUAGUAAAUGAUGAAGUUUUUCACUUUUUUAAACAGUUAAAUGGUGCAUUACAGUUGCUUUUGACAAAUGAAAGAAUGCAUUUAACUAUUGAUUUUAUUCACAGGUCAUGUCGCUCAAGUAUAGAUAGUAACAACAAUUUAUUAUCAGAUUGGAUUAAUUUGUUCUCUUCUGUCAACACUGAAACAGUUGAAGAUGAAAUAUUUUUGGUUUUAAUUGCAGAUCUGUUUCAGUCUGUCACAGAACAUUUUUUAAGGCUUUCAAUUGUUGAUAGUUUGAAACAAUUUAAACGGACUCUUCCUAGAAAGAAAAAACAAGCAUUACGUACAAAAAGUCAGGCUAUUGGGGAGCGACAAAGUAAAAAAAAAGAAAAUUGAUGAAAAUGAAACUUCACAGAAUGUUACUGUUUGUCCUGUUUGUGAAAAUGUUUGUGAAGAGGAGCCUUCUGAUCAAAGUGGAUACAGUAUUGGCUGUGAUAUAUGUAAUAGCUGGUAUCAUUAUGGCUGUGUAAAUUUAACUGGAACUGAAGCCUUUCUGAAAAGUUCAAGGAGCAAAUGGUUUUGUUCAUCCUGUAAUAAGAAAGGGAAAGGUAGGGGUAAAAAGUCAAAACAGUGAUUUGUUAGAAUGACUAAUGGAAGAAAGUAAUCGUGGUAGCCUGGUCUCCUGUGUUAUUGGUUAAGGUUUUCAUUGGUAUUUAUUUCUCAAAAACCAUCAAAGACAUACACUUGAAACCUUAAAUUCUAGCUUAUUCUAUAAAGAGAAAUCUAUUUCAAAAGGGUGGGUAAUCUUAAAGCAGCAUGCCUUGAGAUUCAUGCUAAUUUUUAUGAAAAUUUUUAAAAUGUAUUUGAAUGUGUAAACAGCUCUUGUUUUUUUGAUAUUUGAAUUAGAGUUAGACUCAUACCUUUAGCACAUAUUUUUAUCGAGUUAAAUUCCUUUGGGUACUUUUGAAAUUUUAUAUGUGUAAUUUUUUUAAUGUAAAUUAUAUUUCCAAAAUAACUAAUUAUAUUCACAUGAAUCUCCAUGCAUGAUUUCAGUACAUGUAUCAUAAUCAUAAGUUUAUGAGCAAGCAUUAUAACACUAGCAUGGACUUUCCAUUCAAAACAUAGUUUGAUAAAAUUUGAACUUGAAACUUUAAAGCUGGAUAUACCUCAUUAUGUAGAAUUAAGUGCCCUAGAGCCUUAACUGUCUUUGACAUUAUUUUUGGAGUUUUUGUCCUUUAUCCAGAGCAGAACUCUAAAAUUAUUGGAGGUAUACAACUUGAAUCUUCAUAGUUGGAUAGAUAGUAAAGAGAAUGAAAUGUAUUGCUUAAGAACCAUUAUUUCCUAUGGUAUAAUUUAUGACUUACUAUGUUUUGCAAUUUUUCAUACUUCAUUUUGUUUACAGAGAAUAACUUUGUCAAUAUAAUGUAUCAAUAAUAUAUUACCCUACUGACAAAGUGGCAUGUGUAUUAUUGUAAUUAGAAAUAAACACUGUAAAGGUGUUUACUUUAAACGUAAAUAUAUCAUUGAUAUAGAAUUUGGGUUAUCAUCUUAUUAAUAGUAUAGGAUUUUAGCUAAGAAGACAUACAUGUAUCAGUUAAAAAAUCUCAUGAAAUCAUGAAUGAUGUUAUAUAAAUUAGAAUCAUUUGGCACAACAUUUGAUAUACAGAUGUAAACAUGUCAGAUGUAGAAUGUAUUCAUUGAAAAUAAAGUACUAUAAUCCAUUUAUUAGUAUGUAAUAUCUGACUGUCUUAAAUCUUUGAACAUAAGAAACUUGAUUAAUGUUUUGCAAAUGGAAAGAUUUAGGAAAGCAAUGUGGUAAUAGAUGUAAUGCAUGUAAAUAAUACAAUAGCAUUUUACACAUUUCUUAUGCUAAUUUUGUUGUAUACCAUUUUGUGGAAAAUUGUGAUUUGAUAUAUCUUGAGCUGUGAAAUAAAUAAAAUUAGAUAAAUUGUAUAAAUAAUACAGAUACAUGUAAUCGCAUUCAAGUGUUUGUUUCUUUUUUAUCCCCAUCUUUUUCUUCUUUUUUUAUUUUUUUUCUUAGUCUGUGCCAUAACAGGUUGAAAUAAACUUGCACUUUAGACAAAAGCUUCAACAUGGCCUAUCAAGCACUGCAAAGAUUUAGCCCUUUAAGAUCCAAAAAGGAUAGUUUUUUCCUAUCUAAUAGUGGUUUUCAUUGUUUUCUAUGAGCUACGUGGUCGAGGGGUUAGAGUCAAUGACUUCUAAUCUAGGUACCUCUCUGGCGUGGGUUCGAUCCCCGGGAGAUGCUUUGGUAGUUUAGCGCGGAGGAAGGUUGUCUAGUACUGGUGUAACUCUCCAGGAACGAUGGUUAGGAAACUACCAGCCUAUAUGACUGAAAUACUGUUGAAAAAAGGCGUAAAAUGAGACAAACAAACAAACAAACAAACAAACAAUUUCAUUUUUGAAUAAGUGAAAU